AUGGCGGCACAUACUCUCUCUAGAUCAUUCACACGGUCGAUCUUACUAUCACGGCCCGCCAGUCGGGUUCUGACGCCUGCCCUGGGCGGCUGUGGGCCCGCUUGUAUCUCGCGCGUGCAUACCCAAGCGGCGAAAAUCCCGGUCCUCACCUCGUCGACCUCACGCCAUAGACCAACUCUGGAUCCGCGACAUCAGCCCACCAGGCGCGGGACGCAGAUAAAUGGGGCCACGGGGAGCCGGUCGAUUUUUAUUCAGACGGAAACUACCCCGAAUGCUGAUGCCCUAAAAUUUAACCCUAACCACCCUGUCCUCCCCGAAAACUUCCCAACCAGCUUCGUAGAAUACCUCUCGCCACGCUCGACCCUGACACCCCCAUACCCCUCUCCGCUAGCCGCAAAGCUCCUCAACGUCGACGGCGUAUCGGCCGUCUUCUACGGUCCUGAUUUCAUCACCAUCACCAAAGCCGGCGAUGCAAACUGGGCACAUAUCAAACCCGAGGUCUUCAGCCUGAUCACCGAGGCGGUAACCACGGGCGAGCCGAUUAUCAAUGUCGCAGAGGCUGGGGCUGGAGGCCCGCCGCCCGAAGAAGACUCGCUGAGCUAUAAUGAGGAUGAUGAUGAGGUUGUUAGCAUGAUUAAGGAGCUGCUGGAGACGAGGAUCCGCCCUGCGAUCCAGGAGGACGGAGGCGAUAUCGAGUUCCGGGGCUUUGAGGAUGGGAUUGUUUCUUUGAAGCUGCGGGGUGCGUGUCGGACGUGCGAUUCGAGUACGGUGACUCUGAAGAAUGGGAUUGAGUCUAUGUUGAUGCAUUAUAUCGAGGAAGUAAAAGAGGUCAACCACGUCCUGGAUCAGGAGGAAGAGGUUGGCUUGCACGAAUUUGCAAAAUUCGAGGAGAAAUUACGGCAGCAGAAAGGUCCCCAGGCGACGGCUGCAUCGAGCAGCCUGGACGUGGCUGAGUAG